AUGCCUUAAAUCUGGAGAUUCCUAACUUACAGUAUAUAUAAGAGUGAGGAUUUCUGCAGUUGACAGCAAGUUUCAGCUGAGAGAGCAGCUAAUCUCUUACCAUACUGAUCAGGAAUACACUGAGUAAAAGCAGAUUUGCUUUGAGGAACAGAAAGAAAGCAAGACGUCUACUGAGACAAGUGUCAACCCCUGAACAACACAACUUCUCUAACAUCAUCAGUCAUGGGAUUUGAUAGAGCAGAAGUUAAGUUUCUGUAUGAGAAUCAGGGUUAUGUGACCAGCAUUCCUAUCCUCAGUCCUGAGCAGCUGCAACAAGCCAGAGAUGCCUUCACUGAGCUAGAGGGAAAGUUUGGUGAGGAUUACACUUCCUACAGCCUGCACAAUGUGCAUAUGACGUACAGCUGGGUAAUGGAUCUAGUUAAACACCCUAGAGUUCUUGAGGUAAUAACUGCAGUCCUGGGUCCUGAUGUUCUCCUGCUGGACUCACGCUUCAUCUGCAAAUACCCAGUCUCAAAACAAAGCAAAACCCAAGGGAGCAAUGAGAUCAUUUCACACAGCUCUGAACAAGAAAGUGAAUCCAUUCUUCCAUACGUGGCCUGGCAUCAGGACAUGAAGUAUUGGGGACUUGAUGGAGGACCAGUUGUCUCAGUCUGGCUUGCUUUGGAUGACUCUCAGGUAGAAAACGGUGCCCUACAGGUUAUUCCAGGAAGUCACUGCUCUGGCCUUUUGCCUCAUCGCCAAGCAAAGCUCUCAGGCAACAUGCUGAGUGUCAAUCAAGAAAUCCCAGAGGAGCUGGUUGAGAAAAAGAAGGCCUUGUUCUGCCCCCUUCUUGCGGGGCAAAUGUCUAUUCACGAUGGACUCCUGGUUCAUGGCAGUGAUCCCAACACAUCAGGAAAGAGGCGUUGUGGCUUUGUUAUCCGCUAUGUUCCUACUGCAGCUUAUCCAGUUCAGGAUCCUGAACGCCCAAGGCGCUUCCAUGCCACAGUCGUGGUUAGUGGUCAUGACAAGUACAACCAUUUCUCAAGCCAAAAACCUGAACUGUGAUUUAACUGUGAAUGAAAUGUCUUGACUGGGUGUAACAUGCAACUGUCUGUACUGUAUAUCUGACACCUGAAAUAAUUUAAAACUCUCUCCAUAAUCAUUAUUUUAU